AAAUAUUAUGGGAUAGCUAACGUGGACGAACAUCUUUUCGAAGGUGUGCAGUUUCCAUUAGACUGGUUUUAUACGAUAAAAGAAGCCACUUUUUUCACUGUUUCAUUAUUUUGACCCGGGAAAUCCUUGAGUAAUUGAACAAAGAACUUCAGAAGGUAAGAAAGCGCGAACAUUUUCGGUUACCCAAAGCGUUUUGACUUCCAAAGAGGCCUCACCCGCGACAAGGAUCAUGGCUCCCAACCGCCAGACGCAAACGAUGGAAGUCGUUCAGGCAACUUCGGACUCAGUGCAGUUUAAAGAAAUUCCCAUCAAAGUAGGAAAAACAUCAAGGAUAACGAGGUGUAGUUCUAUCAGCUACAGCGAGGAAGAGAGCCUCGUGCUUGACAGCAGGUCCGAAUAUUUUCGGUCUCUUGCCUCGUUGAAGAAGACGUGCUUCAUCAGCAGCAGUGUCGCAGACACUCUAAACUCGAAAUUGUGGCCUGGCGUUAGUUCUGGCCUGGACGAAGAUGACAGGCAAGAGAAAGUGAAACAGAGGGUCGCAUUGGAGCCCGAGGAGAGGAAAGAAGCGGUGGAGAAUGACGAUAAGUCCAGUGGUUUUUGUUGGCAACAAACGGGCGAAACAGCCGACGAAAAGGAGUUUGAGUUCACAUGGAAAUCGACAACAAAUGAAGCGAAACAUACAAAGACAGAAACUUAUGAAGAAGACACCAGUUCUGAUCUUUUGAUGAUUCCAUAUUCUGUACAAGAGAGUGCGACACUUCCAGAGAAUGUUUCACAAUUAGAACCAAUGACAGCAUCUGCCAGCUUUGAAGUUGAGGAAGUGUUCCCUACAAAAGAUGAGAUUUCACCAAGUGAUGAUUGCGCUGAAGUUAAAAUUGAAAAAGUGAAGCUUGAAGAAAAAGAAAUCCAGAGCAAAAGUUUGUUCAGAAGACAUGCUGUCAGAAGGGUGAAGAGAAGUGUUUGGUGUAUUGUUGGCCCUGAUCCCCCUCCUGUACGAUGUAAACGAACAAGGAAAUCAUGCAAAACAGUCAAGGCAAGAAAAUGCAGACACCUAAAGAACCAUGCAGUUAAACAGUCUUCUGUAUAUGACAAGACUGAAGAAUCAAUCACUAUUUUAAACACAAAACCAUCUGCUUCCAAAAGAAAGAGAGCUAACUCUCCUGUUGGCAGUGAACCAAGAGAUUCUGGUGUUCACAGUGAAAACAGCAGUAGUGGAAGUAGCGGUGGGCAUAGUGGUAGCUCAGGAAGCAGCAGUGGUAAUUUUGCAGGUGGAAAUGGCAGCACAGGAGGUUUUGGUGGCAAAGGAAAUUCAGGUGGAGAUGAUGAUGAUAAGAAGAAGGAUUUUCCUCAGUGGCAUCUACCUGCUCAACAAUACAACACAGCAAAAAAGACAGAAAAAAAGAAAAGAGCAAAACAAGAUGACAAAGAAAAAGGUUAUGCAGAAGGAGAAAAGAUGGAGUUGGAUUAUGUUCCUGAUGCAAACUUAACUGGCUUCCCAAUGUUCUUGCCUAGUAAAGUUGAUAAUGCAGAACAGUGUCACAGUCCUGGUGAAGGGGAGCCUACAACCAUAAGUGGGAAGAGUGACUUGAAUUUCUUCCCUUCAGACCUGCAACAUGCAUGUUAUUGUUCCCGUCCUGUUUGUCAUAACAUGAAGUGCAAGCAUGUGAAGGCAGAGGUCGAUCACAUGAAGGUUCAUAAAGCUUGGAAGCUGUGUGGACGCUGUGUAAAUACACGAAACAUUGUGAAACAACAUGCAAAGUUUUGUCGUAGGCCUGGUUGUCGAGUUCCAGACUGUGAGAGCUUAAGGAACAGUACUAAUGUUGAUAUUGAAGUUGGACAACCUGUCCCGCUGUGGACCAGGAAUGUGCCACCACAGCAGUAUUUUUGGACACCACCCAGGUCUCUCUAUUGUUCACCACUGAAUAUUCCUCGUAUUGAUGGCUGCGUUAUAUUUCGGAACUCAACACUGCUGCCUGAGUUCUACUUUUCAGAACACAUUGAUUACAAUGUGAUGAGAAAGAACAAACUUGGUACUGGUUCCAAUGGAAAUAUUUAUUCCAUUUGCAUGCAGUCAGACCUUAACCAAAAAUUGGCCAUGAAGGAGACAAAUUACCCCAUUCCCAAGGAGGAAAUAGAAGUGUACAGGGCACUUGGAGAACAUAAGCACAUAGUAAAUCAUUAUGGAGCAACGUUCAAAGGCAGUGAGGGACAUGCUAACAUAUUCAUGGAAAAGUGUGACCAAUCACUUUAUCAUUGCAUGGAGCAAAUGCAACGUCGGCUAUCAUUGAACGAAGCCAUGUUCUACUGGCUACAAAUACUUGAUGCAGUGGAUUACUUACACAACUUGCCAGUUCCUGUGAUUCACAAGGAUAUCAAGGCCAAGAACGUGUUGCUCACAUCAGAAGGUGCAAGAGCCAAACUUGCUGACUUUGACUCGGCCAAGAGACUCCUACACGAGUUGACAGAGGCAGGCCUCAAACCACUUGGUACCAGAGGAUUUGCUUCCCCUGAGGUUUUGGAUAGGAAGCCUCAUGGAAGGCCAGCUGAUGUGUACAACUUAGCUUGCUUUUUGCUUGAACUAACUGUUGGUGUUCCAACUGAAGAUACAUUGCACGCAAAGAUUGACUGUUUAAAGGAACUAAAUCCUGAUUUGGCCAAGAUGGUACAGCAAUGUGUUAAGCACAACCCAGAGGAGCGGCCUAGUGCUCGCGGAUUGUUAGAGUGGCCAGUUAUCCAGAGGUUCAAAGCUGGGCAACCUGUUUUAGAAUAAGGUCGUGAAUUAAAGAUGACUAUUGUUGGUAACAACACACGCACUUGAGUUGGCUGUGCCACAAAUCACUUAGAAUUUUUUUUUACAUAAUAUAAUUAAAUGUAGAUUGAUAAAUUGUAGAAAAGGUAGAAUACACAAAAUAUGUGUAUUAUUAUUAUUUAUAGAGUAGGUUAUGAACUAGUGUACAGUUGCUAACUUAAAAUUGUGGUUUAUCCUGUAGACAUAAAUCAGAUAUGUUUGUGAAACACUUAGUUUUUGUAGUAUUUGUCUUCGUUUUGUUCAAAAUAUUAAUGUGAUUUUCAAUUUUUCAGUCAUAAAGCUAAGCUAGACUGCAUUCAACACUGAGAAAUAGAAGCUUAUAGUAGGAUUGCCUAGUGUAUAAAGUACUUUGACUUGCUGAGAACUUUAUGAGAAAAGUGCAUAGCUGAGUGGGUGUAACUCAUUCAUAACUUUGAAUAGAAAUGCUGUCAAUUAAAGUAGUGUCUCCAAGAGAUGUUAUCCAAUAAAUCAUGUAAGGGAUUGUCUUGAGGUUGAAUGAUUUCAUGCAACUUUCGUUGAUUUUAUACUAGUGUCUAAUUCUCUUCAAAGUAUGAUUUUUUCUAAACGGUAACACGGCUUUGUUCUCUAAGGGUCACUUAGACGAGUGUUAAGUCAUCGCGAACGUUAAGUGACGGUAUGGCGGUGGCCAAGUAGGUAAGAAGGCGAGACGAGAAAAGUUUUUCUUCUCGUGAGUGCCACGCCCAUGUGUCGUCCCAUUCCCCUUAGGCUAAAGCGUCUCGCCUCAUACAUAAUCCCUGCUGAAUUUGACAGAAAACAGACUGCCAGCAGUCUACUAGUAGAUAAUUAAGACAGGAAAGUGCUUGAGGUAGAAAUUAAUAGAAAUUGUAGACCAGUCAUUUGUUGUAAACUUAGGUGUGAAUUUUUUGAAUAUUAAAUGAUGCUUUUGUGAGUGUA